AUGGGAAAUUGGGUAGAAGAAUACAAACCUGUGAUGGCUAUGGUAGGAUUGCAGUUCACUUAUGCAGGAAUCUCCAUAACCACAAGGAAAGCCCUUCUGCAUGGAAUGAGCCCCUCUGUUUUUGUUGUCUACAGACAAGCCAUAGCCACCAUCUUCAUUGCUCCUUUCGCUUUCCUAACAUCAAGGAGGAAAGGAACAUCUGGUCGACUUGGUUUGACGUCGAGGAGCUUUGGUUUGAUCUUCUUGGCUUCCCUUAUUGGAGUGACAAUCAACCAAAACGUAUAUUUCCAAGGACUGUACCUGGCUUCUGCAUCCAUGGCAAGCGCAAUGACUAAUCUUUUGCCUGCCAUCACCUUCCUUCUCGCAAUAGCAGUCGGAUUGGAGAGGAUAAAAUUUGGGAGCAUGAGAAGUUUGGCGAAAAUGGUGGGAACUGCAUUAUGUGUUCUAGGAGCUGUUUCCAUGGCAUUGCUUAAAGGGCCAAAGCUUCUAAAUUCAGAUCAUAUUCCCCAAUCUCUGUUAAUUGUUUAUGGAUUAGGAGGAAGGCAGAGUGCUGAUCAUGAUCAUUGGCUUCUUGGAUGUCUCUAUCUCCUUGGAAGCAAUCUCCUCUGGUCUAUUUGGCUAAUUUUACAGAUACCUCUCACAGCAAGCCAUCCUGAUCUGAUCUCACUUACUGCCUGGAUGUGUUUUCUUGGAACAAUACAAUCUGCAGUUGUUACUUCUUUCCUUGAGCCUAACAUCGAAGCUUGGCGAAUUAAUUCCAACAUUGAACUCUUCGCUUGUCUCUUCGCGGGAAUAAUAGGUUCUGCAUUUUCCUUCUUUGUGCAAGCAUGGUGCAUAUCGCAAAGAGGGCCACUGUUUUCUGCCAUGUUCAAUCCCCUUGGCACGGUUAUAGUCUCCAUUUUUGCCACAAUCUUUCUCCAAGAAGAGGUGUUUUUAGGAAGCUCCAUAGGGGCUAUUGGAGUGAUAAUUGGUCUAUAUAUUGUUCUAUGGGGGAAAGCUAAAGACAUCAAACAACCUAAACUGGAUGAAUUUGAUCAUGAAAAUCCUAAAACCAAUCAAUCAACUGUGGAGGCCGAGGCUGGAGCAGAUGAAUCAUCCGACGUCAUUGAUCUUGAGAAACCCCUCUUAGUAUAG